GCCCGAUGGGCAGUGUUGCCUAGCAGCUGAUAAGUUCAGCUUUGAAGUCAUAAUGCCGCCAGAUCAUGCACGCACAGCGAUAACGUCGCACCUCGACUCAUACAUUCUACACUCUUGACAGUAGCAGUUCUGCGCGGUUAUUGGGACAUUGUUUUCUCCGGUCAGACGACGCUCAAGGUUGUUGCGCUAAUUCCAAACGUGCCUUCCAUAUCCAACAUGAGCGCGACAACUACAUCACCGAGGGCUGACACUGCGCAUGAAACUUCGCGUACGUCUGAAGACGAAUUCGAAAUAGUAGAGCACAAUCUCGACGUUCUGAGCAUCCAUGAGUCUCAAGACGGCACGCCCGUACCGACUAUAGCGGUGACCGAAGAAUUAGAGCGCAGCAAAGGAAUCAACGCUUCCAAGGAAAGCCGACCUCUGCCAAUCGAUUACGAUGAGUUCCACGAUGCGAUCAAAGGCGAAGAUUACGAUGGAGUGAAGAAUAUGCUGGACGACGGUGCAAAUGUCGAACGUGGAACAGACGAGGGAGAAUCACUACUGAUCCUCGCUAUUUGGAAGCAACACAUCUCUAUUAUAACGCUCUUACUAGAAAGAGGCGCAGAUAUUAGCCGCCCAUUCGAUGGUUUUCCUCCCAUCCACCAUGCCGUCAUGCAGAAAGAUCGAGCACCCCAGAUCAUCCAGCUUCUCCUGGACUAUGGCGCCAGCUUGGAAGCUGUUGGGACAGAAGACAUUAACGCGCUACAUUUCGCUGCAUCGAACGGCAUGGUACAUGGGGCUGACUUCCUAAUCGGGAAGGGAGUAGAGAUCAGUAGGACCUGCGCGAGUGAGAAGACGGCUUUGAUACUGGCCGCAAAAUAUGGACAUCUUGCAAUUGUCAAAUUACUUCUCGCCAGAGGAGCAAGUUUGCACGAAAGAAGUGGAAAUGGUUGCACUGUUUUGAUGUGGGCGGCAGAGUAUGGACAACAUAAAGUUGUUCAUUACUUAUUGGAGGCAGGUGCGAGGGUCGACGACCGUAGUGAAGAGGCCCUUACCGCGUUAUCACUCGCUAGCAUGUUUGGCCGACUGGAAGCCGUGCAGCUACUGAUCGAGAGCGGCGCAGACAUCAAUGCACUUAGUGUGGUUCCAGAAUCCUUCACCCCGGCAAUGUUUGCUGCAUUGCAAGGUCAUGCAGAAGUACUCCAGGUUCUGCUAUCACACGGAGCAGAUUACAAACCAGAUUUCGAAGUCGAAUGGGCUGAUGGUGACACAAUCCUCGAUAUGACAUUGACGAAAGGCCACCUCGCUGCUGCCAAGAUUUUGUUAGAAGCCCUUGGUGGACCCGACUACCCAAAGGAUAGCGUCGCACUCCAAAUCGCCACUGCGCAAUCUAAGGCAGAAUUGGUACCAGUUAUGAAGGCCGUUCCCAUCAUGUACCAACAUAUCGGCUCCAAUCCAACCGGCUCUGAGAACUUGGGUUGGAUCGAAUGGGUCCUGGAUCAAGGAGGAGAGCUUGUCAGAUCAAAAGCCAUGUGCAACAUGCUAUUUGCUGCACUAGUUGAAAAGGAUGUCGGUUUGACUGCAGAACUACUCAGACUAGGAGCUGAUUCAAACGUCAUCGGGUUCAUGGGUUACACACCACUUCACGUCGCAGUCGGCAAGCAGACGUGCAGCCUGGAGUUAGUCGAGAUACUUCUCAAGGCAGGCGCUGAUCCGGCUAAGCUCUCGCAAAAACCCACCAUAGCUACACCACUACAUUUCGCAAUCCUGGGGUUCGAAACUAAUCGUCCAGAGAAAAUGGCUGUGGUAGACCUCCUGUUAGCGAGUGGGCGAUGUAAGGUGAUGAGAGGAGAAGACGCUCAAUCCAGUGCAUUUCUGAGUGUAGUAAGCGCGUUCGAUGGUGGGAGUGCCGAAAUUGCCAAAAGCCUAGCGUUCCGGAUGCUGGAUUCCAUAUCCGAUGUGAACGACGACAAGGCUGACGAUGGGUCUACUCUCAUGCACGUUGCUGUCCAAUAUAAUCAAAAAGAGGUCAUUGACGCACUAAGACGAAAAGGCGCCGACAUCAACGCGAAGAACAACGACGGCAUGUCACCUCUUCUUCUGGCGUGCGGCAUUGACGUGGAACUGGUCAACUUUCUGGUUACACGCUGUGCAGACGUGUCUGCUGUCAACAAGCAGAGGCAAGGAGCUUUGCAAAUUGCCGCUGCGUGUGGGCAAGUCGAAGUGCUCAGAUUUCUCCUUGAUCUGGAUCUAGCCGAAGAGGAGCCACUAAACAUCAACGGUGUAGACGAUGCAGGUCACACCCCUUUGAUCGCUGCCACAAUGGCGAAUCAUGAAGAUGCAGCUCUCUUCUUGCUAGAACGAGGCGCCUCUGUCCAGCACCGUACAGCCAACAAUGGACGACUUGCCUUGCAUUACGCAGCACAGGCUAGUAUGAGCCGUGUUGUGGAGAAGAUGUUAGAGAAAUCCUCCGCCGACAUUAUCAACGUGGAAGACGAUAGAGGAUACACACCCACUGCACUCGCAUGCAUGGCAGAGAUACCCACUGUCGUAUCCGCCUUGCUGUCCCAUGGCGCAAAUCCAAACAUCAUCUGCCAAAAUACCGGCGACCGCCCUCUCCACAUCGCACUCAAACGACCUUUACACAUGGACCGCUUCGUAGAUAGAGACGGGAGUCCUUCUCUCGACCUGCUCAAGCAAAAAGACACUGAUAUCACAGCCCGUGAUGCCAACGGCCGCACACCCCUCCAUCUUGCAUCCGAGUUCCACAAUCUGGAAGCUACCAAAUUCCUCUUGUCUAAAGGAGUCUCACCCCACGACGAAGACAACAAGACCCAAACGCCACUUUGCCUGUGUUCAAACCCCUACAUCGCACAAGCGCUCAUCGAUCACGGCGCGAACGUAAACCACGCCGAUGAAAAUGGAUGGACGCCGCUACAUUACGCUGUGUCGAGGUGUUGGGUGAAGGCUUUUGCGGUGCUGAGACAGGCAGGCGCUGAUAUGGACAUGAGGACCCGAGAUGAUGAGCUUAGUGUUACGGAAAGGCUGGACAAGUUUGGUUCGUGGGAGAACUGGGUUAACACGGAAAGAGAAUAUAUGUGUGAUGAUGCGCAGAGGGAGAAGAUUAGGGAGUUUCAGAUGAGGACUGAGAUGGGGAUGGAAGUGGAUCGGUAUUGAGGUGGCUUCUGGAGGUGGAGUUGCUUGGCUUGCUUGCUUCGAUAGGCUUGUUCGCCUUUUUGAUGCGUACAUGUUUUCAUCUAGAGUAGUUUCUAUAUCUUCAACCUAUUAUGUGAGACGAUCAUCUGCAUGCGUCCAUUCUGCGUCCAAAUUUCUUUUUGUUCGCGCAGUCAAACGA